AUGAAAAAUCCAAUUUGUUUGGAAAAUGAAAUCAGUCAACACAACGUAACGUCGUUUUUAAUUCAGGGCUUGACGGAUAUUCCAGAACUUCAGAUCCCAAUUUUUGUAAUAUUUCUACUUGUCUUCUUAAUUAUUUUGAUUGGAAAUCUUACCAUUUUCAUUGUGAUCAUGGGUGAUUCUAACCUCCACACACCCAUGUAUUUAUUUUUAAUGAACCUUUCACUAAUUGACAUCUCUAACACCUCCAACAUUAUACCCAAACUGUUGAAUGUGAUGCUUACCCAAAAUAAGGCCAUUUCAUUUGCAGGCUGUAUAGCUCAGAUGUAUAUAUUUACGUCUCUGACAUGUACUGAAAUUCUUCUGCUCGGAGCCAUGGCGUAUGACCGAUAUUUGGCAAUCUGUCACCCCCUUCAUUACUUUAUUCUGAUGAGUUUAAGGCAGACGGCUGCACUUGCAGUAACUGCAUGGACCGUUGGCUUUUUGGACACAACUGGGCAUGCUAGUCUUAUAUCUGGACUAUCUUUUUGUGCCUCCCAUCGAGUUGACCAUAUAUUUUGUGAUGUUAACCCAUUAUUGAAGAUUUCCUGCAGUAAUACAUUUAAUGUGGAAAUUCUAAGUAUUGUUGAAGGGGCAAUAUUGGCAUUUCCUACAUUCCUGUUUACUUUAAUUUCCUAUAUUUUUAUUAUUUCCAACAUUCUCAAAAUAAAAACCACAGAAGGCCGACGUAAAGCGUUUUCUACCUGCGCCUCCCACCUGACCUGUGUUACGGUUUUUUAUGUGACCGUGAUGGGUUUGUAUAUGAGACCGACAUCAAGCUAUCAACCAAAGCAGGACAAAUAUUUUGCUCUUUUAUUUAUUGUCUUAGUUCCAAUGCUUAACCCGAUUAUUUAUAGUCUGAAAAAUCAGGAUGUGAAAGAUGCUUUAAUGAAACUUAGGACCAAGAUGACAUGUUAA